ACUCAGCGGUUUUGCCAUCAAGGAAGAAGUAACAUAGUCCAACGAAUUAAGAAUACUAUUCAUAGUGAAUUUUCAGAUCUUGUAAAACCAAAAACAGGAAAUCGACAGGUCAUGCAUGAAGAAGAACGAAAGUUCAAAGAAGCUGAUAUUACAAAAGAGUCUUAUUUGAAACUUAACCAACCUGUUGACGCUAAUGAUAAUCCGCAUUACACUUAUCUUAAUUUGAUAAUUGAUCGUACCUUUGCAGAUCCGAAUACUGAAAAAAAUUCUAUUGCAUUUGGAAUAGCUGUUGCUUUAAACUAUCAUGAUCCUUCAAAAGGAAUUAGCAUGGUUCCAAGUGAAGUUGCAGAACGCAUGAAUCACAUUCUUGAAAAAAUGCAAGUCUCAGAUUGCGAAGAAUUAUA